GACGCGCGUGCGUCAUCACCGCGAGCGGCGGCGGUGGCGGCGGGGGAAGAACCCCGGGAGAGCCCCGGGUCGGGCCGGGCCAGCGCAGCGCCACCGGGAACCGGGGCCGCCGCGCUCCGCUCCGGUCCCCGGCGUCCCGCCGGGCCGAGCGGGGCCGAGCUGAGCUGAAGAGAGGCGGACAGCGGCGCUACCACCGGCGGGGCGAGCGCGGGGGCCGCACGCCGACCCCCGCCGGGGGGCUCCAGGCACCCGGGAGCGGCGGGCGGCCGUCGGGGAUGUCCUACAAGCCCAUCGCUCCCGCCCCCGCCACCCCCGGAGCCGCCAGCGCCAGCCCCGCCCCGCCGGGGCCCGGGGCGCCGUCCGCCGGUGAGAGACCCCCCGCCACGAGUGUCCCGUCGCCCUCCGGCUCCGUGCCCGGCGCCGCCGCCCCUUUCCGGCCGCUCUUCAAUGACUUCGGGCCGCCGUCCAUGGGUUACGUGCAGGCCAUGAAGCCCCCCGGGGCGCAGGGCUCGCAGAGCACCUACACCGACCUGCUCUCGGUCAUCGAGGAGAUGGGCAAGGAGAUCCGGCCCACCUACGCCGGCAGCAAGAGCGCCAUGGAGCGGCUGAAGCGGGGGAUCAUCCACGCCCGGGCGCUGGUCAGGGAGUGCCUGGCAGAGACAGAGCGAAACGCCCGCACGUAACGGCAGCUGCCGCCCGGGACCCCCCGGGACCCCCGGUGGCGGCGGGGGGGGGGGCCGCCGUGCUGCCCGCGCCCCCCCCCUCCCCGCGCUCUCCGCUCUUUAUAAAUGCCUGUUUUUAUAAAUAAAGGACAAUGUUGGGA